AAGAAUGUCACACCACACGACUCAAAAUCUGAGCUUGCGUUUCGCGCAAAAUCGAAUUGUUAGAACCCUAAAUUAUCUGCUGACUGCUGAUUCCAUAUAUCGUUUUUUUUUUUCUCGCUGAAAGAAAAAGGGAAUUCCUUUACUUGUUUAAUAUCUAAGCUUUAGUCCAAAAAAAAAAAAAAACAAAUCACUCCAGUUACAUUUCGUUUUCGAGUUCUCUAAAUGAGUGCAGACUGCUGAGUCAAGUUGUUCCUUUUUCAAGUGUAAGAAAUAAUAGAGAAUUUGUAACAAUGCAAAAUCGCUUUUAUUUUGAGAGGAUUUGAUAUGAUAAGGUCGGGUACUAGAAUGGAUAGAAAUGGAAUGGUGACAGUGAUCUUGUUGUUGUUUUUGAUUGUCGCUGCCGAUGUUUCGAGUGCUUCUGUGCUUUCGACUUUUCGUAGAUUUCUAACUGUGGCUACUACAACACCACUCGAUUCAAAUCAAGUUUCUCCAUCGCCAAGUCCAGAUCCUAUACAAACUCGCGGUUCUAAAACGACAUCAAAUGAGACAACGACAGGCUCAAAGGUCAAUUCAAAGGAAUUGAACAGUAAUACUGACACAACACGCCCACCUCCUAUGUUAGUAAACGAAGGGAAUAAUAUAAAGAAUGAGAAUAAAACAACAGAUUCGCAGUUGGAGAUUGGUCAGAAUUGUAGUGGAAUGCUUAGAUUUUGCAGGGAUGACGCCUCAUUGGUGGCUUGCAUUCUUAAUUCUGAUCCUGAGUACAAAAAGUUUGUGAUUCUUGUCCAAAAUGAGGGAGAAAGCAAUCUGAAAGUGGACAUUUCUGCACCAAAUCCUGAUGAAAGUACAUCAUUUGCAAUGACCAAACACCAAACUAGCAAGAUCAAUUUAAGUGUUGGUGACAGCAAUCAAGUGAUAUUCAAAGCUGGAAAUGGGGAAUGUGUUCUGCACACAGAUAUUCCUGUAUCCCAAGGAAACAUUUUCUUCAACCUCCCUUCCUAUGACAGACUAAUUACUCCCAUUAAUGGUGCCUACUUCUUAAUUGUUACGGUGUUAAUUUUUGGAGGCAUGUCGAUUUGCUGCUUGUUUAGAAAGAAGAGACAGCAGGAUGGCAUUCCUUAUCAAGAACUUGAAAUGGGUUUGCCAGAAUCUAGUUUAGCAAACAAUGUGGAAACUGCAGAAGGUUGGGAUCAGGGUUGGGAUGAUGACUGGGAUGAGGAAAAUGCGGUGAAGUCACCUGCCGCAGGCCACACAGGAAGUAUCUCAUCGAAUGGCCUUACUUCUAGAUCUCCGACUUCAAAGAGAGACGGGUGGGAAAAUGAUUGGGACGAUUAGAACAUCCUCAGUAAAAAAAAAAAAAAAAGAAGAGUACAGAGACUUCUCCUGCCCAGGAGAAUCGAGGUAGGAGAAAUAAGAGGGAAAAAAAGAAAAAACAGAUACAGAAACACAGGUGAAGAACUCUAUUGUAAAUCAUUCUCACACUUGAAAUGCUGACUUUUGUACUUUCCAUGUAACAAUGAGAGUCUGGGGAGGAUAUUAUCAUUUCUGAACAGAAUUGAUGUAUCUUUCUGCCUUUUUUGUGAAAUAUAAACUGUUCUCGAAUACUUCAUUAGAUUUUAUCAAUUGAAUGCAUAUGGUUCUGUUCGCCUUCUCA